AUGACUUCCAAUCGAUCGCCGUCUCUACAUAACAAAGUCGCUAUCGUGACGGGCGGUUCUCGUGGUAUUGGAGCUGCUAUUGCCAUUGAGCUCGCCAAGAGAGGCGCAAAUAGCGAAGCUUUGGCGAAUGAAGUGGUCGAACGCAUUAACUCCCAGGAUAACACGACGCGCGCCAUCGCGGUCCAGGCGGACGUCGCCUCAACAGAGUCCCCCAAGCAAGUCAUCGAAGCCACAGUUGCGGCAUUUGGAGAGCACAUCGAUAUCCUCGUCAACAACGCCGGGGUGACUUCCAAGCUUGCUGUUUCACAAGUCACUCCUGAAGGCUUUCAAGAAAGCAUGAACAUUAAUCUUCGUGGACCUUUCUUCAUGGCGCAGGCCGUCAUUCCACAUCUUCGCCGCCCGGGACGCAUCAUCAACAUUACCUCCGUCGCAGCGCGUGGAGGCUACGCAUCUGCUAGUCUUUACCUUUCUUCGAAGGCUGGAUUGGAGGGCCUGACGCGCGCUUUGGCUGCAGAGCUGGGGCCGGCAGGUCACACCGUCAAUGCCGUCGAGCCUGGUGUUACCGAGACGGAUAUGGCUCGGGACUCUGGAUCAUCAGACGCUCAUGGUCAAUACGUCAAGAUGAUUGUGUCAAUGACCCCGUUUGAGAACAGAAUGGGAAAGCCGGAAGACGUUGCUUUGGUUGUUGCCAUGCUCGCUGAGCCGCAGGCAAACUGGGUGACUGGGCAGACAAUUUCAGCCUCUGGAGGCUUUUCUAUGCUCUGA